AUGCCAAAAUGCCUCUCCUACAAGCCUCCAGUCAACACGGAAUUGGCUAAACAAACGGUGUUCCGCCAUAGUCGGCGAAUGACAAGGGUACUCAUACAAGAUUGUCACCUGCGACUUAAGAAAUACGCACACUGUGCUGAAAACUACCGGAUGCUUGUUACACGCCGGUGUGGGGAAUCGACUGCCGCCUCAUUGGAGAACACAUUACUAGCAUUGGGACGAAAGAAACGUGCUAACAGAGAUGCGGAUUUAUCGAUAAAGUUCAUGACACUGCAGACCGCACAAGAGCAGGAAACCGAACAAACGAUAGUACAUAACCUCUCGUCAAAACAACUUACUGUGACCCAAACAAAAGUUCUACAACGUGGAUCUGGUUUUAACACAACUGACGCCGACCCGGUCACCUUCAUUGCUUCUUUCGAAUCAGUGCUUCGUCAAACCGGCGCCACAGACGAGGUAAAGGACCUCCUUCGACAUCAAGUCUCUUCACUUCUCAUGUCGCACCGGAAAACCCAUGCCCUGCUAAGAGAUGAACAAAAGGCCCUAAGGGAGCUGAAAGCGGACACCGAAAUAGUUAUUCUACCUGCUGACAAAGGCCGGUCAACCGUCAUCCUCGACAAGGUGGACUACCGACGCAAAGCCCUCCUGCUCCUCAACGAUCGAGAGUCCUAUAAAGUCAGCGACGCCGCCAGUCAAAAGUCCCUAGUGGCAAAGGUUAACAGAACUCUGGCUCGACUAAAAAAGGACAAGGUCAUCACCGUCAAAGACUGGUAUAUGGCAAAGCCCGCAGAAACCGCUAUGGCGAGAUUCUAUGGUCUCCCAAAAGUACACAAGCCAGAUGUUCCCCUCCGUCCUAUCGUCUCGCUCCGAGGCACACCCACAUACGGGCUUGCAAGCUGGCUAUUUCAGAAGCUAAGAUUCCUAACUGCAGGCUCACAAACAACGGUGCACUCAGCAGAACAAUUCCUUGACAAAAUAAGGGCAGUCACGAUCGAACCGAAUGAAAGGAUGGUGUCUUUUGACGUCGUCUCACUCUUCACGUCCAUACCACAGACCCUUGCGGUCGAAACGCUCAGUGACCUGCUACGUCAAAAUUACGACGGAGGCGAUGGCCAGCCCACAGCUCAGGAUCUCAUAGAACUCAUGGGGCACUGCCUCAAGACAUUCUUUACCUUCGAAGGGACCACAUACGAGCAGAUCAAGGGCACUCCAAUGGGUUCACCAAUCUCCGGACUCAUUGCCGAGGCGGUUCUACAAAAACUCGAGAGACGACUAUUCGAGGAGUACAAACCCAAGUUUUGGGCACGCUACGUUGAUGACACCUUCGUGAUCAUAGACCAGGAUAAAAUCAACUACUAUGCGGAAGUACUGAACUCAAUCNGCUGUGCACAGGACCUCUCAGUCCCUGAAGAUGGGUAG